CAACCUUCCUUUUGCUGGCCUUGCUGUUCUCAUAUUGUAACCCUUCUAUUAAACUCUGCAAAAUCCUACAAUGCCAGUCUUCACUGAGACAUCAAGCUCAUGGCGCGAUCUUCGCAUUUUGCCAUCCUUUGCACCUCCCCUUCCUCGGCUGACCCCGCCGUUAGUAAGAAAUGUAGUCGAGGAAGCAGAAAGAUACGAAGUUGUUGUGAUCGGAGCAGGACCAGCAGGCCUAUUUCUCACUACUUUACUCGCCCGUUAUGGACUGUCUGACGAGUCUAUGAUCUGCUUCGAUUCCAAACCUGGAACCUUGAAAGCUGGUCAAGCUGAUGGUCUCCAACCGCGCACACUCGAGGUCUUUCAAAGUCUCAAUCUCGCAACCGAAAUAUUAACAGAGAGCUGUCAUAUGACAGAGGUAGCUUUCUGGAACCCCAAAAGCAAUUCAGCCGACGCUCCGACAAAUGGAUCCAACGGUGCCAAAGCAACCGAAUCUGGCAGUAGAGGCAUUGAGCGGACCUCGUUUGUACCAGACGUUGUGGUUGAUGCAAGAUUCAAGCAUGAAAUAACCAUUCACCAAGGGCGCAUUGAGCGGAUAUUGGAUGAGAACCUUCACCGAUACUCGAAACGGGGAAUUAUUCGCUCUACCGACUUCGAGCAUUUUGAAAUUGACGCAGCUUCUGAUCCAGAGUACCCCGUCAAGAUCACGCUUAGUUCCCCGAUAGAUGGAGCAAAUAAAGGUUCCAACGCAGCGGGCCGGACUGUCCGAUCCAAGUAUCUGGUGGGAGCAGAUGGUGCACAUUCGCGCGUCCGUAAAUGCAUGGGCUUGAAACUUGAAGGGGAGACAACAGACCAUAUUUGGGGAGUAUUAGACUUCGUCUGCGACACAGACUUCCCCGACGUUCGAAAACGUUGCGCGAUCCAUUCUGAUGCAGGAUCCAUUAUGAUCAUCCCGCGGGAAAGAAUAGCCACUGGCGAGUAUCUCACUCGGCUUUAUGUACAAAUCAAGGAACAGAUACCGACAGACGUCAAUGAGAAUGUGGAAGCCGAAGAAGCUCACAGGGCCAGCGCGAAACAACGUCGUUCUGCUAUAACCUAUCAGUCUAUUCUGUCGCAGGCCGAGAAAGUCAUGUACCCAUACAAGAUUGGCGUGAAGGCUGGUACUGAACCAGAUUGGUUUGCUGCGUACCAAAUUGGUCAGCGAAUGACACCAGAAUUUACCAUGAAAGAUGCCGAGGGUAUUGAGCGGGUAUUCAUUGUCGGUGAUGGUAAGCUGCAGUUGCCAUAAAUCUACAUCAUACCCAUUCGGCUAAUAAUUUGCAAGCUUGCCAC